GGGGUGGGCGGGGUAGGGGCUGUGUAUGCGGGAGAAGGAAGGGGUGGGAAUCUGAGGAGGAGACUAUAUUUUUAUUAUUAUUUUUAAUUUUUUUCUAAUAUUAUUUUCGCCGUACAAAGAGGACGCUCGGAAUUCACCGGCCUGUCGGCUCCCGAGAGGGACCCGGGAAUUGUGCGGCCGCUUUUCUUCACCUGCUUUUUUUUUUUUUUUGGUUGUUUGUUUGUUUGAUUGGUUUGGUUUUUUUGUUUGUUUUGACUGGGGGCUUUUUAUUUUUAUUACUCUCCUUAUCCUUCCCCGCUGAGCAGCGGCGGCAGCAGCAAUAUGGCUGGUGAUGGGCUUUUUGGGGGGCGCUGGCGGCGGGAGGAGCUCUCGGAAGCCCCUGCGCGCCCGGCUCGCUGUUAGCUAUGGCAAAUGGCAGCGGCGGCGGCUCCUACCCGGGCGGCAGCGGCAGCGGCAUUAGAAUGAGUAACAAUAUCAACGCCAACAAUCUCAACACAGACUCGUCCUCCUCCCCCGUCAAUGUGCCCAAGAUGGAUGCGCUCAUCAUCCCGGUGACCAUGGAGGUGCCCUGCGAUAGCCGCGGACAGCGCAUGUGGUGGGCUUUCCUCGCCUCAUCCAUGGUUACUUUCUUUGGGGGACUGUUUAUCAUCCUGCUGUGGAGGACCCUCAAGUACCUGUGGACUGUCUGCUGCCACUGCGGGGUCAAAAACAAGGAGGCCCAGAAGAUCAAUGGUGGUGGAGAUACACAGGCAGAUGGAGCCUGCAAACCAACAGAUGAAAAAGAGGAGAAUGUGGCAGCAGAAGUGGGAUGGAUGACGUCUGUGAAGGAUUGGGCAGGAGUCAUGAUAUCUGCCCAGACAUUAACUGGCAGAGUACUUGUUGUCUUAGUCUUCGCUCUUAGUAUUGGUGCUCUUGUAAUAUACUUCAUAGAUUCAUCAAACCCAAUAGAAUCCUGCCAGAAUUUCUACAAAGAUUUCACAUUACAGAUCGACAUGGCUUUCAAUGUGUUCUUCCUACUCUACUUCGGCUUGCGUUUUAUAGCAGCCAAUGACAAGCUAUGGUUUUGGCUAGAAGUUAACUCAGUGGUAGAUUUCUUCACGGUCCCUCCAGUGUUUGUGUCAGUAUAUUUAAACAGAAGUUGGCUUGGUUUAAGAUUUUUAAGAGCCCUUAGACUGAUACAGUUUUCAGAAAUCUUGCAGUUUCUGAAUAUACUUAAAACAAGCAAUUCCAUCAAGCUAGUGAAUCUGUGCUCUAUAUUUAUCAGCACGUGGCUGACAGCAGCUGGGUUCAUACAUUUGGUGGAGAACUCAGGGGAUCCAUGGGAAAAUUUCCAAAAUAAUCAACCGCUGACAUACUGGGAAUGUGUUUAUUUGCUGAUGGUUACAAUGUCCACUGUUGGCUAUGGAGAUGUUUAUGCAAAAACAACCCUUGGUCGCCUUUUCAUGGUCUUCUUCAUCCUUGGGGGAUUGGCCAUGUUUGCCAGCUACGUCCCUGAAAUCAUAGAGUUAAUAGGAAACCGCAAGAAAUAUGGUGGUUCCUAUAGUGCGGUUAGUGGAAGAAAGCACAUAGUUGUCUGUGGUCACAUAACACUUGAAAGUGUGUCGAACUUCCUGAAGGACUUCCUGCACAAGGAUAGGGAUGAUGUCAAUGUAGAAAUCGUCUUUCUGCAUAAUAUCUCCCCUAACCUUGAGCUGGAAGCUCUUUUUAAACGACACUUCACUCAGGUGGAAUUUUAUCAGGGUUCAGUCCUUAAUCCCCAUGACCUGGCAAGAGUAAAGAUAGAGUCAGCAGAUGCGUGCCUAAUCCUUGCCAAUAAAUACUGCGCUGACCCAGAUGCUGAAGAUGCCUCCAAUAUUAUGAGAGUUAUUUCCAUAAAGAAUUAUCAUCCGAAGAUAAGAAUUAUCACUCAGAUGUUGCAGUACCACAAUAAGGCCCAUCUACUAAAUAUCCCAAGCUGGAACUGGAAAGAAGGGGAUGAUGCUAUCUGUCUUGCUGAGCUGAAGCUGGGUUUUAUAGCCCAGAGCUGCCUGGCACCAGGCCUUUCAACAAUGUUAGCCAACCUCUUCUCUAUGAGGUCAUUCAUAAAGAUUGAGGAGGAUACGUGGCAGAAAUACUACCUGGAAGGAGUUGCAAAUGAAAUGUAUACAGAAUAUCUGUCUAGUGCCUUUGUGGGUUUGUCCUUCCCUGCAGUUUGUGAACUGGUGUUUGCGAAACUGAAGCUCUUAAUGAUAGCCAUAGAAUACAAGUCGGAGAAGCGCGAAAGCAGUAUAUUAAUCAAUCCUGGAAACCACGUCAAGAUUCAAGAAGGUACCUUAGGAUUCUUCAUUGCAAGUGAUGCCAAAGAAGUAAAAAGGGCAUAUUUUUACUGCAAAGCCUGUCAUGAUGACAUCACAGAUCCCAAAAGGAUAAAAAAAUGUGGCUGCAAACGGCCCAAGAUGUCCAUCUACAAGAGAAUGAGACUGGCAUGUUGUUUUGAUUGCGGACGCUCUGAGCGUGACUGCUCUUGCAUGUCAGGCAGUGUACAUAGUAACAUGGACACCCUUGAGAGAGCCUUCCCACUUUCUUCUGUCUCUGUUAAUGAUUGCUCCACCAGUUUACGUGCCUUUGAAGAUGAGCAGCCGUCGACACUAUCACCCAAAAAAAAGCAGCGAAAUGGAGGCAUGCGAAAUUCACCCAACUCCUCACCCAAACUGAUGAGGCAUGACCCCUUGUUAAUUCCUGGCAACGAGCAGAUUGACAAUAUGGAUGCCAACGUGAAAAAAUACGACUCUACAGGGAUGUUUCAUUGGUGUCCAGCCAAAGACAUUGAAAAGGUCAUUUUGACUCGAAGUGAAGCAGCGAUGACAGUUUUAAGUGGGCAUGUAGUCGUUUGCAUAUUUGGGGAUGUUAAAUCUGCUUUGAUUGGAUUAAGAAAUUUAGUGAUGCCAUUACGAGCCAGCAACUUUCACUACCAUGAACUCAAGCACAUUGUGUUUGUGGGUUCACUUGAAUACCUGAGAAGGGAAUGGGAGACACUGCAUAACUUCCCCAAGGUUUCAAUCUUGCCUGGUACGCCAUUAAGUCGGGCUGAUUUAAGGGCUGUCAACAUCAACCUCUGCGACAUGUGCGUUAUCCUGUCAGCCAAUCAGAAUAAUAUUGAUGAUGCUUCGCUGCAGGACAAGGAAUGCAUCUUGGCGUCACUCAACAUCAAAUCUAUGCAGUUUGAUGACAGCAUUGGGGUCUUGCAGGCUAAUUCCCAAGGCUUUACACCUCCUGGGAUGGAUAGGACAUCUCCAGACAAUAGUCCAGUCCAUGGCCUUUUACGUCAACCCUCCAUUACAACAGGAGCCAACAUCCCUAUUAUAACAGAGCUAGUAAAUGAUUCAAAUGUUCAGUUCUUGGACCAAGAUGAUGAUGAUGACCCCGACACAGAACUGUAUCUCACGCAGCCUUUUGCUUGUGGAACCGCAUUUGCUGUCAGCGUGCUGGACUCUCUCAUGAGCGCGACAUACUUCAAUGACAAUAUCCUCACACUGAUACGGACAUUGGUAACAGGAGGAGCCACACCAGAGCUGGAAGCACUGAUUGCUGAGGAAAAUGCAUUGAGAGGAGGUUACAGCACGCCCCAGACACUUGCAAACAGGGACAGGUGUCGAGUUGCUCAGUUGGCUUUGUAUGAUGGGCCAUUUGCAGACCUAGGGGAUGGAGGUUGUUAUGGAGAUCUGUUUUGUAAAGCACUGAAAACAUACAAUAUGCUUUGCUUUGGAAUUUAUCGAUUAAGGGAUGCACAUCUAAGUACUCCCAGCCAAUGCACUAAACGUUACGUUAUCACAAACCCACCAUAUGAAUUUGAGCUUGUGCCGACGGACUUGAUCUUCUGUUUGAUGCAAUUUGACCACAACGCUGGCCAGUCCCGAGCCAGCCUUUCUCAUUCCUCCCAUUCCUCCUACUCUUCCAGCAAGAAGAGCUCAUCAGUUCACUCUAUCCCAUCAACAGCCAACCGACCGAACCGCACCAAGAGCAGAGAUUCCCGGGACAAACAGAAGUAUGUGCAGGAAGAUAGACUUUGAUAUGUGUAUCUACUCCCACUGUGUGUGAAACUUGCAUUCACCACCCAUUCUCCCCGGUUAAUGUUUCCAGCAGUAAUGUUCCCUGUUUUCCCAUGGAGUUCUCCCUUUUUGUACACAUAUUUUGCAUAUGUAUGACAGUGUGCAUGUGAUUGUCAUUUUUAUUUCACCACCAUAAAACCCUUAAGCACAACAGCAACAAAGCAGACGGACCAAAAGUUAUUUAUGAUGCUAGGGGAGAAUAAAAAAAGAAUUCCAAACCCAUAGGCACACUGAAAACAUAAAUAACUCACUGCAGUUACUCUACAUAUCUGAAAAUAGAGUAUAUUUAACAUGAACACUUGCUCUUGAUGUCAGAGUUACACAAAGAAAGUCAUUUAGUGCAGAAGUGUUGAUGUAUGUUGCAGUAGGUUUUUUUUAAUACUCAUAUUUACAGGAGCUCAUACAUUUAUUUGAAGCUUAUAAAACUCUCCUAUUGAAAAAAAAAAAACCCAAAAAAAAACCAAAACAAAAACCAUGCAAAAAAAAAAUCCCUGCUGAUUUUUCACUCUCAAAGCUUAUAUUAUAUAGGGCUUACACUCCUUGUAUAUAUUAUUGCUAAAUAUCUGCUUUAUACCAAAGCAAUAUCAGGGACUUUUCUGCUUGUUUAAGAGCUUUCUCUAAAAUGCUAGUCUUUUGGAGAUGGUGUAUUUUCCCUUUAACACUGAAAUUGUCGGGGCAUGAAGUUUUACAACUCCAAUGGUUUAAUUUAAGUUUAGAAAGAGUCUAAUUGCAUAUUAAAUUAUUAUUCUGUCUAUUUAUAUUGCCACAUGAAUAGCUAUAUUUUCUUUCACUUUUGACAUUUGGGAUAAAAAGCCAUAUGUAUCAUAAAUAUUGGAUGUAAGUCAUUAAAAACUGCCUUCUUGGGACUUUUACGUCUUUAAAAGGUGAAUUAGUCACCUUAUGUACAGAAUAAAUAAUGUUCAGAAAAGAGCAAGCAUUUUUCUGUGCUUACAUAUCAGAUCUCAAGGGACUUUGUUCCUUUCCCCAGAUGGUAGUUUAACUUUUCCAAGUUAGUGUUCGUAUAAAUCUUCCAACAAGAGUCCUAUGUGAAGAACCUCCAGAAAUCUUGCUGCAUGUUCCACCUGUUUUUUUCAACAGGUGCAUGCCAGUAUGCAGGAAUACAGGGAAGACAACUGAGUGCCUUUAAGUCUCUCCCAUGUGGGGAGAAAAGGUGCUGUGCCCCAGGCUGUUAAUGAGGAGAAGAAGAGGGCUGGGCUGGAAAUAUUCACAGUGCUGAGGUGUUGUGUUCCGUGCACUUGCCAGAAUUUAGUUCUUGCAAAUUGUCACCCAUGACACAUGUAGCCAAAAAAAGUUGUGGCAGGGAACUAAAUAUAGUGAAAGGAACCUGCCCUAGACAGCCAUAGGAAUGAUAGUUCAGGCUUGCUUUUACUUUUUUUUUUUCUUGGUUUAAACUUCAGAAGCCAAUGUAUAUUUUGAAAUAUACAGCCAGCUCUAGGUUUAUGGAGGGUUUCCAAGGGUAGGGAGGGCAGAAACACAUCCCCUCUUCCCUGGCUAUCCAGCAAGAAAGCAUGCAGACAGAAAAAUAUUUAGAUUUGGAAUGAUUAGCAUUGUAACUGCCAACCCAAUCAAGGUGCUUUUAUGGUUAGUUUUGUCUUCUACCUUCCCCUUCCCCAAGCAUGACAAUUUUGAAGAUUUGCUUGCUGUGUGAAUUGACAAUAAAGCCAAGCACUUUUACUGACAAAACCUGGAACUGUGUAAGUGGGCUACAGAGAAUACCACUGUGCAGUGCUAAGCAUAAUGAUUGGAAUACAGUCCAUAAGUGUGAGUGUGCAUUCAAACGCAGCUGUAAGUCCAAUCAGUGAAAUACAUUGCAAAUUAUGGUUGCUCCCCUACAAAUGAGACUAUUACAGUUGCUCUUCAUCAUAAAGAAAAAUUCACGUGUUCCUUUUUGCAAAGAAAGUUAUCAUGUUUUGCCCUCAGAAUAUUUAUUGCUACAAGGAUGUGCCAGUUAAAGUGCUCAACCAGAAAUAUGACAGUUUAAAAGCAUUGUAAAACUUACAUAGCUUACUUCUUUUUCUAAAGUGCAACAAGGAUGAAUAGAAUGGGCCAAGGUAUGAAAAUUAAUGGUUCUGCAUGACCUAGCAACUGCUGUGGGUUUCCCUCUAUAACUUUGUCCUUGUGAAAACUUGUGAAAUUAAAAAAAAUAGUUACAAACUUUAUUCAGUUAUUGGUUUGUUUGUUUGGUUGAUUGUUAUGUUGGUUUUCUUUUGCCUUUUUUUUCCCACCAAACCAGAAGUAAAACUGGCUGCUGCUGCUGCUGCUGUUUCUCAACCCUGUUUUGUUUUUUAUCCUCUCAUCUGCUUGCCUUUCUAAUUGCACGUGUCCUUUUGUAAACACCCAGGUUCCUGCUCAAUGAAGAUGCCUAUCGUGAUGCAGACAUUACUUUAAUUUCCCAUUUUCCUCAUCCAAUUUCUUUCCGACCUUCCCCUCCCUACUUUCUUAUUCCCCGUGUAUGUACAUGAGCAUCUUUUUAUGUUGGCAGAAUUGAUUGAAGAUAGUUGAGAGCAGUUACACAUUUUGGAAGAAUGUUAAUGGCUUUGACACCAAAAUGCUUUUCCAUUAAUGUUUUAUCUGUUUUCCAUUUAGCAGAGAAAGGGAGGGUGGUAAUAUGAAGCCACUUGUCACAUGCUACAUAAAGAUUUUUAUCCAAAAAAAUAGUAUUUGUAUAACAGAGCAGCUCAAAUAGAAAAAAAAAAUAUAAACAAUGUACAUUAGAGAAGUAACUUGCCUACUUUGUGAACAGCAGAAGAGCAAUAUCUAUCUAACAUGGGGAAAAUCUGAAUUCUUCAAAUUACAUUGAAGUCUACUCCAACUCUGUCCUCUAUCCUGAAGUUAGAAUUCUAAAACUUUUGACUUUUAGUGGUGUUGUUUACAAUUUCCACUGCUGACUAUAGUCAGAUUGAUCAAAUACUUUAUUAUAGUGAUGAAGGUUUUCUGAGAUGAAUGCACUAAUGGAGGUUGGUCGUUAUAAGUAGAGAAAUACUUUCUGUUGGUGUUUAUAUUGAAAAGGAAGAGGAAAUCUCCUGUUUUAUCCCAAGUCAGCCAACCACUGCAGAAUGGUAGAAUAGUUUUUGAAAGUGGAGAAGUAUCAUCAAUGUCAGGAUGUUAUAUUUUAGGUUUUUAAAUGAAGGUCCUGCCAUUUAUAUCAGUCCCGGCAUGGUUUCAGCAUUGGAAACCAAGUCCAUAGUGAGAUUAAGUGUUGACACAAAACCAUGUCUAGCAAACCUGCAGGUUUUUGGCAUUGACCUAAACAGAGAGAGUCAGGCAUUUUCCAGUGAAAUUCCCAUUGUCAAAACUAAGAAUUUUGGUAGCUUAAAAAAUAAAAAAAUCAAGAACAAAUCCAGAACAUUAUCUUUGUCACAAAAUUUUAGUUGGCCUGGAGGAACAUAAAGUUCUUAAUAGAAAAAUAGUUUAUUCUCUCUUUCCCUGCAAAUUUCUUACUGCCUGCUACAUGCAAAAUAUUAAUCUGCCAAACACAGAAGUGCUGAGCAGGUGGGUGGAGAAACUUCCAAUACUUUUCUUUCUCAUACAGGAACAAAUUACAUGGAAUAAUUUUCAGCUUAGUUAUAAACAAGAUGGUUACAUGCAGGGAGGAGACACACAAACACAUACAUGCAAACUAAUUUGAAACUGCAAGUGACACAGAAGACAAAAAAUGCAUGUUUUAAACAGUUGAAAGAUAACCUGGGAUUAUGGUGAGAAUACAAAAUUAUGGUGAGAAUACAAAUAUAGCAAAACCUUUGUGUUAUGUUUGGGUAGUACUUUCUUUGCCUCUAUUUAAGAAGAGGGGGUGUUUCACAGUGACAUUUGCUCUAAGUUUCUACUCAGUCCAAAAUUAAUGAUAGAAAUUUUAAAGUACUAGUACAGUAAAUCUCUUGGAGACAAUUGCUUAUACAAGUUGAGGAAAACUGUAUUUUGAUAUUUUUACUUUGAUUAUUUAUAUCCUUUUUUUAUGCUGUGGGGAUGAUUGUUACACAAAACCAUUAAUUUUUAUUUAUUUGUAAUAUCAGCAUUAAGCCUUUUGAACCCUCAUGGAUGCACUGAUGCUGAUAGGCCAUUACAAACAUAGAUGUUUGAGAGGAAAGUGUUUUCUGCUGUCUGAUACAUUCAGUUACUAAGCUGUUCCAACAUCUCUCAGGUGAUGCUGUCAAAAAGAAGCCUGUCAAAUAGCGUAGGAAGAUCAGGGACUUUUUUAGCAGCUCCUGAAAAAAUAAGGUAAAAAACUAUACCUGUUGUCACUAUAAUGUAGAAACAUUUCUGGUAAGGAUCAAUAUGCAUAUUCCAAAAGGGAGAGAAACAGACUCAAUAUGACAGAGAACUUAAAAGUGCUUGGUGAAUAUAGCAAUAGAUAAAGACUUUAAAAAGGGGGUUUCUGAACUGAUGUAAAGGAAAAAGUAAAUAUUAAAGAUAACAAUCUGUGCUAAGACUCUGGAAGACAUACCAAAAUCAGGCUGUAAACAUAGCAUAGAAGACUGAAAAGUGUGUAGGGGCUUCAAGAAGAACAUUUAGUGACUGGGAGCAGACUAUCAUAGUGUCCAAGAGUAAAGAUCAGGAGUGUUGAGCUCGCAUUUCAAAGGUAAGUAGAGAGGUCCAUGAAUUUGCACAGGCGAUUUAUUGUUAUGUGGUCAGUGAUAAUUUUGACAGCAGAGGGAAACAGGAAAGGUAUAAAGCUGGAUCUAAACGUUGCAUGCUGGAGAAUGAUAAUACUUUGGUCAAGGUUUCAGCACUGGCAAAAAGAAAUCUAAACAGCAAAAGGCAUUAGUCUACAGCUUCUGCAUUUAUUAUUAAUGUUCUGUAUGUAUUACUUGCCAGGUAAAGGCAAAAAGAGACUGGGGGGUGUCUUUUUUAAAGGACAGCUCCCUAUACAGGAGUUCUAUUGUAAAUUUAACACAUAAAUAAAUUGCUUAUUUGGAAUAUUUUAGGGAAAGCUGGGUAUUCUGAAGUGCUUUACACUGGCUACUGAGAAACACAACACAGUUCUAAUUCUUAGCACUCAUGCAAGCCUCCCCUUACUUGCUACAACAUUGAAUUAACUUGCACCAAGUUCUGUUUGUAAGAAAAGUUUUUGCACUGUGUGUUAAAAAAACAAGGUAGCAAUGAAAGUUCACGGUGCUUAACUUGCCUCAAAAUCAUUUUAAACACAAACCAUUAGAAAACUGUUAGUUUGAAAUUGUUUAUGUGAUCUCACAAGGCUUUUAAAACAUGAUAACCAUCACACUUUACACCUCUCUGAAAGGUUAGUUUAAUCGUAGAUCACAUAAAAUUGGUUUCCACAAAUGCAUAAUGGUUCAUGUGUCACACUUGAACUAAAUGGUUUUUUAAAUGGAGCUGAAAUUAUUUUGAUGUGUACACAUUCCCAGACUUCUUUUUCCUACAACCUUUCUUAAACCGGCCCCCAUCAGGAAUCAUUCCCUUAAAGUCUCAUUAAUAAUUCAGAUGUUCUGAUUACUUUAAAAGAUCUAUGGAAUUGAGGCUUUUUUUUUUUUUUAACUGCUU